AUGAUUCGACCACAGCUCAGGCAGAUUGCACUGCAUGGGGAUCGUGCCCGAUUGGGUCUGUCUACCGCUGUUCGUCACUUUUCUGUCUCGCGAGCAGUCGCUGCGGAAGGUCAGGGCAAACCAUCCCGUCAAAAUGAUCCAAGCCGAAGCCCGGCAACUUCACCCUCUCGUGGCCCUCGAACAUCGACGAAGCCCUCAACACCAGGUCCGCAAAACCGAGGCCGCCCUGCCAAGGUCAUUGAUGCCAGAUCGUUUGCCGCACCGCGGGCCGGUGGUGACUCCCCCAAGAUCAUUCGCAAUCCCAGACUGCGAAACAUGCGAAGCGGCAACCAGCCGCCGGGUCGCAAGUCCAAACCUGCGGCCUCGAAAGCAGCCGCAAAAGGUCGAAAGCAACCUCGGUCUCGAGGCCCAAAGAAAUUCGAGGCGGAUGAGGGUGAGGAUAUCCGUGCAGCGGAGAUCCAACAGAUUGAGCGGGAGCAAGCAGCUAAGGCUCGCCCGACCCCGGUCCGGUACGAGCCGCGGGAGAUGGACUUUUCCACUCUGAAGGAGACUUGGCCCUCACUUCCCACGGAUACCAAUGCUCGAUCAGCUGCGGUCCUCGAGAAGCUCUCCACCUUGAGUGGUCGCUUCCCGAAUGGAUACGUCCCACCCUACGAGCUGGGAAGGCGGAUCUGGAAAGGCCAGAGCGUUCUGUUUGACAAUGAGGCUGAAAAGGCCGAAGCCAUGGAAGAAGUCAAGCGACUGGCUCAGCUCCGAGCAGACAAAAUGUCCCAGCGAAAAGGAGACCUCGUAGAGCCUCGCGAUGUCAAAUUCCGCGCCGUCAAUGCCGAGGACACGAAGACACUGAUUGAGACAUUCGCCCAGGGAAAAUACCCCACGCUUGAAGCCCGCAAGGACCAGCCGGCCGUCCUUGGCGAGGUUAUCAGGAAUCUCCGAAACAACGGGACUUACCAGACGGCUGGCAAGCGGCCCCAAUUCCUGGCCAAAGUCGAUUCUCUUGUCUCCUCGAAUCGCGUGAAGCGCACUUGA